GGAAGAUGGUAGCCACAAAGAAAAUGAAAAAAUCUCUGGAGUCCAUCAACUCUAGGCUCCAACUUGUUAUGAAAAGUGGAAAAUACAUGCUGGGGUACAAGCAGACGCUGAAGUUGAUCAGACAGGGCAAAGCAAAAUUGGUCAUCCUUGCCAACAACUGCCCAGCCUUGAGGAAAUCUGAAAUACAGUGCUAUGCUAUGUUGGCCAAAACUGGUGUCCACCACUGCAGCGGCAAUAUUGAACUGGGCACAGCAUGUGGACAAUACUAUAGAGUAUGCACACUGGCAAUCAUUGAUCCAGGUGAUUCUGAUAUAAUUAGAAGCAUGCCAGAACAGAUCGGUGAAAAAUAA